AUGAUGGUCGCGCUGCGAGCACAGCGAAUCGGCACGAGACCGUCCACGAGACUGUCCAAGAUCGGAUCAGGCGUCAGCGACACGCUGCGACACGCUGCGACACGCUGCGACGGCUGCGACGGCUGCGACGGCUGUACCAACUGGCGGGACUUUGCGACGAUCGACGCUCGACAAACGACAAUGAUGCUGGCCCUGGACGGCGGUCGUCUCCUCAACACCAACGUUGACGGAAAGAUCAAGAUCCAGUACGCCCUGACACAGAUCAAGGGUGUCGGUCGCCGAUACUCCAACAUCGUUUGCAAGAAGGCCGAUAUCGACCUCUCCAAGCGCGCCGGUGAGCUCAACUCGGACGAGCUCGAGCGCAUCGUCACCAUCCUGCAGAACCCCGCCGAGUUCAAGAUCCCGGCCUGGUUCCUCAACAGGCAGAAGGACAUUGUCGACGGCAAGAACGCCCACAUCCUGUCCAACGGCCUCGACUCGAAGCUGCGUGAUGACCUCGAGCGCCUGAAGAAGAUCAAGGCCCACCGUGGUAUCCGCCACUACCUCAACCUCCGCGUCCGUGGUCAGCACACCAAGACCACCGGCCGCCGUGGCCGCACCGUCGCCAACAAGAAGAAGUAA